AUGGCCCGCGAAACAAAGCGCGGGAGAGGAGACAUGCUUUUUCGCAACGUGGGAGAUGACAGCAUGUGGGCGAAAGCGCAGCUGUCGCAGUCGGCCAAGGGCAACGCAGCCAAAGCUGCCAAGGCCGCGGCGAAACCGAGCGUGGUGGGCGGCGCAGUCCGCAAGCCGAGGUCUGCCCAGGAGAUUUUGGCUGGCUUCCGGAACAGCUGGAAGGACAAGGUCGUCGCCGAGGCUCAAGCUGGAGCUGAGGAGCAGCAAGCGGACGAACAGGCCACCAAGCCGGAAAAGGAGGAGGCCAAGCGGGAUGCAUCUGAGUCCUCAGACUCCGGAGCCUCCAAAAAGCGACAAAAGCGCGAGAGAUCCCGGUGGUCACGCUCCUCAUCUAGCUAG